AUGCCCACUGGUUCUCUACAACCUCCCUUGCCCGACUCCAUCCGCUCCGGUCGACGGCAAUCAGGGGCGACGGUGGACAGCACCAGGACGGUUCUACCUAUGUAUUCUCCUCUCGGCGAACCACACACUCCCACUGGAAGGGGUGGUAUGGAACACGACAAUGGGUCAGAGGUCGGAAGCCACAGAAGCAAUUUAACAGGCUACAGCGCAGGUCAACUCUCCCAUCUUCGUUCUCCAAGCUAUUCUACACUUGCACCUUUGGGACAUGAAGUGGUUGCUGAUGCUUCCGACUCAGCAAGUGUUCGAACGGUGGUUGCAUCGCGGAAUAGGCCUCCUCGUUAUUCGACCAUCGCGCCCGCCGACGGGGCUCGUGAAAGUCAACUGGCUGACCAGUACCCCCUCACCUUCCAGCUCCGCAGUGGCCUGAAAAACAGGCCUUGGGCAACCCUUUGGAUUCGGGACUCGCGAACGAUUGAAGGACGUCGCCCAAGGACCCUCAAAGUACUAGGAAACGAAACGAUAUCCGGUGUCUUGGAGCUGGACCUCGAGAGCUCGCAAAGCAUCACCUCCAUCAAGAUUAACAUUAAAGGAAAGGUCAUCACAGGUUUCCUCGACGAUCAUGCAUUCAACAUCGUCGACACCGCUAUCACCAUAUGGGAUCGGACUUGCGGUGAUCCCAGGCACACGACGCCGGGUAUCGCUUUUGGAGGGAAGUUCAGCAGCGGCCUCUAUCGCUUCCCAUUUUCCUUUCCCUUUCCUACCCAUGUCAACGCCUCUAGUCUGGCAGCAGUUGAUGCGACCGCCUCGCCCACCUUUUCCACUGAGGAUUCCACUCACGGACAUAUCAUUACGCCGUUUCUCGGGGCGCAACCUGACCCUCCUUCAACAAGCACACUGCCCUCGAAGGGGGAUCGUUCCUCCUUUCUUCGCUUUUUGACACGAUCCGACCAUCCUUCGGCUUUGUCCACCCCCUCCAGUCCAACCCUUGGGGUGACUCCAGCAGCGGAAUCUUCCAGAGCAGGGUCGGACACUAUCCAUGGCAAUGUUGCCUACUCAGAUGUCUAUCCCCUUCCACCAACCUUUUUGGAACGCGGUGUCAACGCCAACACCAGGUAUGAGCUCACGCUCUAUAUUUCUCAUGGGAAGCUUCGUGGAGACAGCCGUCUCCGAGUGCCUGUUCACUAUACCCCCUUUUCUCAACCACCGCCAUCUUCGUUGGCACGUGCCUCGGCGUACAGGGAAGGUCUUCCCAUUCCGACACCACUCCUAGAUCCAGCUGGGUGGUUUACGCUUGCACCUGUCUGGAUUGCAGGAUCGGUCGAACAGAGACGCGUGGUAUUGGAGUGUACAUUGUCUUUGGCUCAGCCGCUAUCUUAUGCAAGAGGGACGCAUGUGCCGUGCUAUAUGCGUCUGGCUUGUGACGACCAGCGUGCUUUGGAUCUCCUUGCCGUCCCGGAUGCAUUGUCUGUACAUCUGACUCGUCGCGUUCGGUUUCGCAGCUCCCUUGGAGGUAAAUCCAUUAAGGCCGGCGACGCUAGUUACAUGAAUGUCACACCCGGCCAGGCAAUGCCACUUUCGCUCUCUGACAUCAUGGUCGCCAGUCCCCAUCCGUCUGGGAAUGUUGCGGUGAAAGCCCCUUCUGAGGGAGAGGACCUGCGUUCUGAACGGACGAGUGUGGCGAUUGCUGCUGGCAGUACAUGGUGGAUCCCGCCGAAAGCGAGCAUUCAAGCGUCGACAAUCCGAGUCCUCGAAGGAGAGAUACCUCUGCCACCAGACUUGUACCCCUCCAGCUCAUUCCCCGCAUUCUCCGUCGAAUACAGCGUCGAGAUGCUUCCAUUUAAGUCUCCUCCGUUCCUUACGGAUGUUGAACUUCCAGAGCAAAGCACUGUGUGCAGUCGCCAGCCCGUAACCAUUGCAAGUUCAUCACGGACAGAUGAACCCGUUGCCGUACCCUUUGCUAUCCGGCAAUCGGGGAGUGCUCGUACGGCAAUAGCACAUCGCGGGAGCGAAAGCCAGGAAAUUGAAGAAUACAUGGCGAAUAUGGCUGUCUGCACCAGCAAUUGGACGCCAAUUGAAUGA